AUGGCUGGUUUCGCCGGCGACGACCCCUUCGGCUUGGACUACGACUUCGGGGACGACGGCGACAACGACCCGUUCUGCUACGACCCAUUCGAAGACUACGGUGGCGACGGGGACGAAGGCGAGGGGCUAAUCGGCGGCCCCUUCGCGCUCGACUACGGAGACGGCGGGGAGUACUGCAUCUCAGGUUUCGCCUUCCGCGACGGCGAUGACGACGGAGGCGGCGUCCUCGUGGGAGAUGGCCACGCGCCCCUGUCCUCCCACGACGAACCCAUUCUCGAAACCCUAGGCCGCUCAUUCGAUUCCGACGGAGGCCUCAGCCAAUUCUACCCCCACCUCGUUUCUGCAUUGGAACUCGUCGAGGAUACCUCCGGGAGGAGGAGGAGGCGAUGA